GCGCCCCCAGCGGUCGCCAUAACAUGUGUAGCGCGCAAAGCCAGGAGGUCGUACAGAAAUCGAAUGUAAGUGACUGCAACAGAUUACAUCGCAAAUGGCUUCUAAGCGAACACCAUAACAUCAACAAGUUGAUAAUGGAAUUACAAAGCCAACCACAGAAAUGUUGUUCUGAUUCUGAAACAUGUGCAAUCACAGACUGUGAUAGAGAAUUGAUGGAAACAGAUGAUCUCAAGAAACAAUGUGUUACUGAUACGCAGGAAACAGAUGAUCUCAAGAAAAAAUGUGUUACUGAUUCGCUGGAAACAGAUGAUCUCAAGAAACAAUGUGUUACUGAUACGCAGGAAACAGAUGACCUCAAGAAACAAUGUGUUACUGAUACGCAGGAAACAGAUGAUCUCAAGAAACAAUGUGUUACUGAUACGCUGGAAACAGAUGAUCUCAAGAAACAAUGUGUUACUGAUGCGCAGGAAACAGAUGAUCUCAAGAAAAAAUGUGUUACUGAUACGAUGGAAACAGAUGAUCUCAAGAAAAAAUGCGUUACUGAUACGCUGGAAACAGGUGAUUUCAGGAAAGAAUUUGUAACUGUCAAGAACCACAAACAGUUUGGUGCAUGCGGGAAAACAUUUAAUAAAUCAAGUGACAUGAACAGACACUUGCUCGGUCACUGUGAAGUCAAGUCUUCUCAGUGUGAUGAGUGUGGGAAAACGUUUACAAAAGCAAGUAGCCUCAAGUCACACAUGAAGAUUCACAGUGGGAUCAAGCCUUAUCAGUGCAUCGUGUGUGAGAAAACAUUUACACAAUCAUAUAAACUGCAAAUACACAUGAGGAUUCACAGUGGGAUCAAGCCUUAUCAGUGCAUCGUGUGUGAGAAAACAUUUACACAAUCAUAUAACCUGCAGAUACACACGAGGAUUCACACUGGAAUCAAGCCUUAUCAGUGCAUCGUGUGUGAGAAAACAUUUACAGAAUUAGGCCAUGUACAGAAUCACAUGAAGAUUCAUAGUGGAAUCAAGCCUUAUCAGUGUGUUGAAUGUGGGAAAACAUUUUCACGUUCAGGUAAUCUGCAGACACACAUGAUGACUCACACUGGAAUCAAACCUUACAAGUGUGUUCAAUGUGGCAAAGCAUUUACAAUAUCGGGUAAUCUACAACGACACAUGAAGAGUCAUGGUGAAAUCAAGGCCCAUCAGUGCACUGUGUGUGAGAAAACAUUUACACAAUCACGUAAGCUGCAGACACACAUGGGAAUUCAUAGUGGAAUCAAGCCUUAUCAGUGUGAUGAUUGUGGGAAAACAUUUGCACGAUCAGGUCAUCUGAAGUCACACAUGAGGAUUCACAGUGGAAUCAAGCCUUAUCAGUGCAUUGUGUGUGAGAAAGCAUUCACAGAAUCAGGUAGUCUACAGGGACACAUGAGGAUUCAUUGCGGAAUCAAGCCUUAUCAGUGCGAUGAAUGUGGGAAAAGGUUUGCGCGAUCAUCUCACCUGCAGAAACACAUGAGGAUUCAUUGCGGAAUCAAGCCUUAUCAGUGCGAUGAAUGUGGAAAAAGGUUUGCGCGAUCAGGUUGUCUGCAGUCACACAUGAGGAUUCACAGUGGAAUCAAGCUUUUUCACUGUGUUGAAUGUGGGAAAACAUUCACACAAUCAUCUCACCUGCAGAUACACAUGAGGUAUCACAGUGGAAUCAAGCCUUAUCCGUGCAUUGUGUGUGAGAAAGCAUUCACAGAAUCAGGUUAUCUGCAGUCACACAUGAGGAUUCACAGUUGAAUCAAGCCUUUUCACUGUGUUGAAUGUGGGAAAACAUUCACACUAUCAUCUCACCUGCAGAAACACAUGAGGAUUCAUUGUGGAAUCAAGCCUUAUCAGUGCGAUGAAUGUGGGAAAAGGUUUGCGCGAUCAAGUUAUCUGCAGUCACACAUGAGCAUCCACAGUGGAA